CACCGCAUAUGUAGGAGUUGGGUGAGACUGCAUAAAGAGUGCAGAGCUAUAAAAACGUUAUGGACGUUUGCCUAGUUUUCAGACUGCCCUAUUAAAGUUGAUUUAUUUCAGAUUUGCAUAAAGAACACAGUGUUUCCGGUGUUCCUUCAAUUGUUAUUGUUGCAGGGUUUUGACGGUUUUGAAAUCCCAUUGAUCCUUCCUAGAAGUCUCUGGAAUCUGUCUAUCUGUGUGGGUAUUGGGUAUUGCGUAUUGAGUUAUUGGGUAAGAUAGAAAUAGGAUGAAGUUUGAAAGGGAGGUAAAUUUGAAGUGUUUGAUUGGGCAAUUCCAACAAGGGUUUAUGACUUUAUCUGGUUCAAGCUCGAUUUCAUCUGUGGCUGCUAUUCUGGGUGUUGCUGGUGGCUUUGUUCUUGCUCUCAGAGGCUCGAAAUUCAGCAUCCUAAACACCUUAGACUUGGAGUGGCUGCUACACACUGAGACUUCUUCUCCCGAGCAGCUGCCUUUGGUACCGGGCCUCCAAAAUCUUGGAAAUAAUUGUUUUCUCAAUGUUAUUUUACAGGCUCUUGCUAGCUGUUCAUGCUUUCAACCCUUUCUCCAGAAGGUUUUAGAGGAAUAUGAGUUCUCAGCAGCUGGCAAUCGCGUUGAUGGCUUUCCUCUUGCAAUAGCUUUGGCUACUUCGUUAGAAGACCUGUGCAUAGUUGGUGGAGGAAGAGUUGUAUUAAGUCCACGGAAAGUGAUGCUUGCAAUGGCAGAUUACAUUCAGAAUUUCGAUCUAACAAGCCAGCAUGAUGCAGCAGAAGCAUUUCUUCAUCUUCUGUCCUCUUUAAGAGAAGAAUUUUCAGAUUGCUAUCUUCCAAAUCAAUGUUCUUUGGCAGAACUCUGUGCAUCUAAUUGUAGGAUUAUUACUCCUAAGAGUAUGGAGAACUAGAGUAAGCAGGCAAGGUGGCAGCAACACUACCUUGGGCCAUUUGAUGGAAUUCUCGGUAGCAUCCUCACGUGCCAAAGUUGCUCAUCACAGAUAUCAUUGAAUUUCGAAUCUUUUCACAGCUUGCCUCUUUCACCAGUCCUUGAUGGCGGUGGCACAAUUAUGGUUGGAUGCACCUUAGAGGAUUGCCUGGAGCAGUUCACUGCUGCUGAGCAAGUUGAGAAUUACCACUGUAACCAUUGUUGGCACAUUGCGGCAGUCAAGUAUUUAUUUUCUCUAGGAGUAAAUGAGGAAGAGAUUGAAAAGAUUAAGAGGUGCCCUGAGCAAGAUUCCUGUGACUGUCGAAGCCAUUUUCAUCUGCAUAAGCUACCGUGGUCAAAUAGAUUUUCAUAUACUCUAAAGCAAAUAAGUAUUGCUCGUUGCCCAAAGAUUCUAUGCAUUCAUCUAAAACGUGUUUCAGUCAAUAUAUUUGGGGAACUAGUAAAACUUCAGGGCCAUAUUUCUUUUCCGUUGGUUUUGGAUCUGUUGCAAUUCAGGACAACUGAGGUCGGAAUAAAGAGUUGGGAAGAAAACAUGAAAAGAGGGCAAGUUCAGCGACAAUGUAGAAACCUGGGAACUUUCCACAAUCAAUCCAGUAUGCAGCAUGAUCAGAUAAAGCGGAAUCAUAUCUAUGGAUCAACGAGAGGAAGUAUCUACCCAAAAGAAUUAGCUUCAGAUGUAUCUCGAUUCACUGCAAAUGCACAAGAUUUUUCGGGAGAAUCCAGCUUUUCCCAAGCUGCAGGGAUUUCAAAAUCCAUGCAUGCAGACAUGAACUUGCACUCAGAAGAUCAGUUGACUGAGAGUUGCGAAGUGGUUCCUUCAAAUACUAGCCUGUACCGUGUUGUUGCCGUUGUGGAGCACUUUGGAAGAGCUGGAAGUGGGCACUACACCGUUUACAGAAGCGUGAGAGCUGAUUUAUGUGACAAAGAACCUAGUGAUGAAUCUGAGUUUGACGCUGCUGCGUUGUGCUGGUUUUCUAUUUCAGAUUCACAAGUGUGUGCUGUUUCAAUGGAAGAUGUUCUCGCUGCAGAAGCCAGCUUUCUUUUCUACGAAAAAUAUGAAGACUGAAGAAUGAACCUUAGUUUUGAAUUUGUCACGAAAGGAAUUGUUGAAAAUGUACAUUACCUUGGAAAUUAAACAAAAAAGAAAAAGAAAAUGUAUCAAUAGAAUUGAUAAAAAGCUGUAUUUUUGUGAAGGUUUGGGGUUGCUUGUAGAACUAUAUUCUUAUCUGAUUUUAUUAUUUUUCUUUCUAUUUUUUAAAUAAAAGAACUUCUAAGACCUUUGAAUUGGACGACACGAGUUUGUUUGGACUUAAAAAUGGCAUUGUGUGCAUUUUAUGUUGUC